AUGGACAAAGAGGAACUUUUGAUUCGUGUGAGUUCGAGUGAUGAAGGCAACACCGAAAAACAUGGUUUUGGUGAUAUUAAUAAGGGAUUUGUGAGUUUCCGCUUUUUUUCGAUGAAAUUUCCUGAUAAUCAUGAUUUUUAGGCUGCAGAGCUGGAUUGGUGGAAAACGGGCGGACAACAGAUGAAUUUGUCGCCAAAACCAACAAUUUUGGCAAAGAAACCGGAAGAAGAUGAUGAUUUUCCAGAAGAGGCUCGCUGGUGGCCAAAAAAUGACAAUUCCGAGUGGAAUUUAGGUGAAAUCCAAGUCAGAAAAGAUACUACAGAGUCAAAAAGACUCGAAUAUGCUGCUGAAAAUUAUGAAGAUGAUACAAGUUCUGAAGAAGAAGAAGAAGAUGAUGACGAAAAUGAUGAAGAGCCCGAGAAAUAUGUGCAAUUAUCAUUUUCGCGACGUCAAGUGUUUCGCGACGAUCCGACCAACCGAUUUUUGGGAUUGAAUUUGGGAAAAACCGUCAAAAUGAAGACGUAUAUUAUGGAGAAGAAUGUGAAACCACGAUUUUUUAUCGAUUGUAAUCCGCGUGAGUCGGAAAUUGUGCCCAAUUUUUGAGAAAUACUGAUUUUCAGAGCAAUAUGAGACUGCAUCAGGAAUAUUAUUCAACAAUGAUCAAGAAAAAGAUGAAAAUAACAAUUGUUGUGAUCGUGGAAGUUGGUUUUUCACAAAAUUUGAUAUUUUUGCCAUAAUCUAUGUUUUCUAGUAGCUUUCAUCGUUCAAAAUUGUCAAUCUCAACUCUGAAAUGAGUUAUGACGUGGCAAAGUCGGAAAAUUGUUAUUUUGCGAGGUUGGACAUUGACUAAAUGAAAUUUUCAGGUUUUUUAGGCAAGUGAGUUGAAAUAUUGAAUUCUAAUGUUAUUCAUAUGAUAGAAUGGUCUAAGACGAACAGAAUGAUAUAAAUUUUGAUGACUUUACGUUAUCCAUAAGUGAUUUAGCGACGUUUAGUCGAUAUUUAGUCGAUAAAUCGCUAAAUCACUUAUGGAUAACGUAAAGUCAUCAAAAUUUAUAUCAUUCUGUUCGUCUUAGACCAUUCUAUCAUAUGAAUAACAUUAGAAUUCAAUAUUUCAACUAACUUGCUUAAGAAACAUGAAAAUGUCAUUUAGUCGAUGUCCAACAGUUAUUCCUCGUAAAAUCACAAUUUUCCGACUUUUCCACGUCAUAGCUCAUUACAGAGUUGAGAUUUGCAAUUUCGGACGACAAGAUAGGUCGAAAAUCAUUUUUUCUGCCAAAAUCUCCGAAAAUAUUUUUUUUCGCAGAAGACAAAUGGAUUUUCUACAAAGAAACGAGUCGUUGUGUAAAUCCUCUUCCACCGCGAAAAUACAAAACAUAUUCCUACGAAAUCAACAUCGAGCACAUUUUUCACGUUCCAACAAAAGCUGUACGACAAAUCGAGUUUGUUUUUGGAACUAUUAAAGGUGUGACUGAAAAAAAUCGAUAAUUAUUAAUUAAUUAAUUUUUGUUAAUUUUCAGAUACGAAUAUGAUGAUGAAACCUGAAAAUGAGACGAUUAAUUUGAGAGAUUGA